AUGCCAUUAACCGAUGUAAAAGAAUCAUUUGUCGGCUGUGUUCUUGAGAUAAGAUGGAAAUGUAAAGCUGGCCAUUGUGGUGAAUGGAAGUCAAGCAAAAUGGUGAAGAAAGUUGUAUGUGAACAAGUUACUGACUGCAGCCGCAUUAUUAUUCACUGGCAAUAACUACACAAAGGUGGCGUUAUUUUCCAAAUGUCUUUCGUUGGCAUUCUUUGGCUCGUCAUCUUUCCACCAGUACCAAAAGCUGUACCUAGCACCUCAAAUUCAUUUAUGGUGGGCUGAUAUGCAAGAGAAAAUAUUUUCUUUGCUGGGACACAGCCAGUUGUAGCUGGAGACAGGCAAAUGGAUUCACCUGGUUUUUCUGCGAAAAACUGUGUUUACACACUAAUGCAUGAAGAACUUGAUUAUGUUCUUCAUGUGGAAGUGGUUGAUGUAUGCCACGCUCAAUUGAAGAGUGUAGUCAUGGAGAAAGUUGGGUGUGAAUAGGCAAUGGAUUUCCUCAUGCAGAAGUUAUCUGUACAGGAACUUGUGACUGAUGCUUCAUCUCAGUUGAUUAAAAUGUUGGGUUAGUAUUUUAGUCAAAUAAUAUAUAUCUUUUAUAAAAAAGGAAUGUUCUGUAUACUGCACACAUUCACAGAGCAAUAGUUACAAUAAUGCAGUACAGUAAUAUUAUAUAUGUUCUAUAUUUUUAGCCACGGAUAAGAAGUACGAAAACGUUGCUCAUCAGUUGGAUAUAUGGGCAUAAAAGCAACAAGUUAGACAAGAAGAUGAUGAAGGUUGUUUGUAUUUUCCUUUUUAUUCCCUGCAAAUGACUGACUGAAUGAAUGGUGACUCAUAGUUCGAAAAGGGUUUUAUCCCCCUUUUUAAAGGGUCAGUGUCAGGGCAUAUUAAGUUUAUGUCCAUAAUAAAUAACCAAAUGAUUGCAGUGGAUUGUUGUUGACAAAGAACUUAAUUUCAAGUUCACAUAUCAUUUGGAUGCCCCUUUAAAUAUUCCACCACUUUACCAAUGUGCCCCUUUUUAAAACUUCCCAUCCCCCCCUUUAUAACUUGUUGGCAUUCCUGUUUAUUUAUGCAUUAUUUAUUUCAAGGCUUGUAAGGCAAAAAAAGAACGAGAUAUUGAAGGCAUGGGUAGCACCUAUUCAGAAUCACUUUUGGCAUUGUGUUAAAAAUUGUGGUGGUGAUCUAAAGAACCUAAAGGUAAGAUACAUUGCACACAUCAUGUUUUUGUCAUAAUAUUUCUCCCAGGCAAUAUUUUGCUGUUUCUAUAAAUUUAUCUUAUUUUCUGAAACAUUGCCCAUAGUAUGUUUUCCCCAACACCUCCCUAUCAGAUUGCACUGCAUCAAUCUGUCUAAGAUGUACGUACAUGAGUCAAGUAAUAUUACUGCAUAUUUAAUUAAUUGCAUAUCUCAUAUUUGGCUUUAAACUUAUGUCGUUUCAUGUACUCUCACUUUAUUAGACUGACUGGGUCCACGUCUUAAAACAUGUUGCCAACAUUCACUCAUGGUAUAAUGGCCAAUGCUCGCAUGGACCUCUUGAUGAUGUCAGUGAAAGGGAGUGGAUAAACAAGGACUCUGCCCCAAUGCAAGCCCUCCGAAAUAUUGUCCUCAAUAAAAAAUUUCUAAAGUCACUGCCAUUUUACACUCGUUUUCGGUGAGUAAAAUGAUCAACAAUUAUGGUUUUUAUUAAUUUUCCAAAUAGAUAUAACAUUUUACACUAUACUAUGUGAUUACCCUAUUGACAGUUUCAAUCCACCCCUAUACAGUAUGUCCUAUGUGUACCUUGCUAUAUUACACUGCCAAACACUGGCUAAUUUCACUUGUUAAGAGGAUAGUCUUGUAAGUAAUAUUUAUCCUCCUUGAUCAUUGGGCUUGAUGAGUAAAAUCAUUUGGUGCUAGACAGAGUAAACAACAUGGGUUGCUAUUCUGAUUGUUUCUAAUUACAGGCACACAGGAAAGUUGGAGGCAUAUCACAGUCACAGAUUGAUGUAUGCCCCCAAACGCUAUGGUUUCUCAUAAGUAUUGAACAGCAACAAAUUAUGUUGUAUUAUCAUGUUUGUAACCACUUGCCUACUUUGUAUAGCAAUUACAGUCAUUUUAUACCAGAAUACAUUUUUUAUAAACCUAUAUUCAUACAGUGAAUUUAUGUUUAUAGAUACGAGGGUUUGAAAGCUCGCAGCAUCCUUGCUGCUAUCGACCACAAUCACCAUCUUCAUCGCAAGCAAGCGCGUAAUAGUAAAGGAGAGUUGGUGUACUCUAGGAGAUGGAGCAAAAGCGUGCUAAAAGAUGGAAGGUUGUUAUCAUCAAAGAGAAGAAGAAUUUUAGUUACCUUCCUGUCAUGGCGGCUUGUGUACUGA